CGCUUAUAACGUAUCGUCAUAGCAACCGGUCUUGUUUAUUUGGUGCAUCUUAAUUUGCAGCUGUGUUAAAUUCGUGGAGGAAAAGUAGAUUCUUGCUUCUGAUUUCGUAAGAACGUAAUGUGGUGGGGUUAUAGUCCAGCCUUAGAUCUGCGACUUGAAUGGGAGCAGUAUAAACAUAAGAAUUAUAAAAAUCUGAAAGAAUUAAAUAUAUUAUUAGUUGGUGCUGCAGACGGAAGGCAUAUUCUGAAGACGUUAGCUCAGACGUACAGACAUGAAAAAACACAGCGUAUAAAUUUCUAUGUCUAUGAAGCAAGUUUAGAUUUAGUUGCCAGACAAGUGAUGUUGCUAACUAUUGCUCUGGAGCCUCCAGAAAAAUUGGGUUUACAAGAAAAGACCCGUCUCUUUCUUGAACUCUAUGGCAACUCCCUUGUUCGUCCUACGACAGCAAAUUUCAUUGCACGGAAGUCUGCUCAAUUCGUACACAUGGUUACGGAUUUAGAUUUCCAGGUUGGAAGAAUGCCACUCCUGCGCCUUGAUCAGUUGAAGUAUAGAGAACGGGACCACCUGGAGAAUGUAUUCAAGUUCUGGCAGGAGGCCAGGACGAAGUUUCCAAUCUCUCUGUACUGGGACAAACGUCUUCGAAAGCAUCUGGUUACUCGGUACGACAGCCGCAUUGGAGUGUUCGACUGGGAUUACCAUAUGAGGCUUCGCCCCUUCGGAGCGGAAGCCAUAACUUCCCGCGAAUACAAGAACUGGAGGAACAGUGGCGUGGCCUUCACGUGGCUAGAGACAGAAAGUACGGAACCCAAUUUGACUCUAGCCACGGGCGCUUUCCAGGUCGGCGACAGACUGUGUCAUCAUGGCUACCUCGGUGACAUCGUCACUGGGCCAUUCAUCGCCUACAGCCUGGACUGCGAGGACAAAGACAUGGUUAGACUCGUAAACGGCGUCCAGUCGCAAAGGACAUCUGACGUCGCGGAACGGAACUUAAUCAGAAUGAUGCACGAGUUGGUCUAUCAGCAGCCAUUCGUUCCACCAAGGCUGACGGACGAAACUUCCCAAGGUCUUGUCAUCAAGGAAGCCACAGACACAGAGAACUGGAAGGCGGAACCUGCGUACGAUUUGCCUGAAUCUGGCGACUGCGAUCGAAAGACUGAAAUCGAUAGGAAAAGAAAGGCGAUUUCCGUAAAGGAAAAAUAUUCUGCGAUUCCUACUCAAUCAGCCCAAGUGACUUUCCUCCCGAUUUCAGCUCUCACUGAAUUCCCGAAGAAAGACAAGUUUAAGGAUUUCUUUCACGUCAUUACACUGGCACAAAAUAUGACUCAGUUCCUAACCGAAGAUCUCACGCGAAUGGCGUGUGACGGAGGACUCCUCGUUGUCGAGUCGAAAUUAUUUCUUCUAGAACUCAGAAAAGAAAAUUUGAUUGAAUCCGCUAAGAAUUUAAACUGCACUGCGGAGGCGUGUCAUUGUAUUCCUGCAAGAGAAUACGAUCCUUUGAAAGACCCCGUGGCUAUGUUCACAGUGAGAAAGAUUCAAGACCAUGAAUGAAUUUUACGUGGGGUAAUCAAGACUGCUGUGUUCUGGCAAGUACCUCUGAAACGUCGGUAAACUGCUACCAGACAACACCCAUUUCAUGUCAUGAAAUAUGAGUACCGCAAUCUAUCAGCAACUUGGCUACCUUUUUAUUAUUAUUAUUAUUAUUUAGUGUUCUGUGUGACGACAGGUCCAUAUGAACAGGAUCCUUCCAUCCUUUUCUCGGACUGGGACCUGUUCAUAUACGUUCUUGGCAGAUGAUCC